AUGGAUAUCGAAGCGACUGCGAGCACUGCUUCUGCAGGUGCGCUGGAUAAAGCGAAGUCUCACAGCAACGCUUCGUUAACGGAGCGAUCAAUAGCGCAUGGCGAAAAUGAUAUCCUGGGAGGAGAGAAGGUGGACCAGGUGUUGGCAGCCAAGAUGAACCUGAUCAACAAUGCUAUCGAUGAGAUAGGGUUCACUCCUCAUCAUUGGAAACUCUUUUGUCUGAAUGGUUUUGGCUAUGCCGUCGACUCGCUCAUCCUCCUAAUCCAGUCGAUCAUAUCCAUUCAGGCUCAAUACGAGUUCCAGCCCAGCUUUUCGACAGGUUUGACAAUUGCCGUUUAUGUGGGAAUGCUGGUGGGCGCUAUCUUUUGGGGAUUCUCUGCGGACAUUAUUGGACGUCGCUUUGCAUUCAACGUUUCGCUCUUUGUGUCGUCGGUUUUCACAAUCGUAGCCGGCGCUGCACCAUCUUGGAUUGUUCUUGGUCUUUUCAUUUGUCUCAGUGCAUUUGGUGCUGGAGGAAAUCUGGUACUGGACACGACCGUUUUUCUCGAGUACCUUCCCAGCAAGAGUCAAUGGCUGUUGACUCUCAUGGCGGCGUGGUGGGGUCUCGGCCAACUUAUCGCUGGUCUGUUUGCUUGGGCCUUUCUUCCGAACUACUCCUGCUCCGAUGCCGCCAGCUGCACUCGCGAAAAUAACAUGGGCUGGCGUUACGUCUGGUUUACAUCGGGCGCCUUUGUAUUCGUGCUGUCUAUUCUUCGCAUCACCAUUAUUCGGCUAGAGGAGACUCCCAAGUUCCUUCUCGCUGAGGGAAAGGACGAAGAUGCCUUGCGCGUUCUCCGUAACAUCGCCGAUAGAUAUCAGCGCCCUUGCAGCCUUACUCUCGAGCGCCUCCAAGCGUGUGGAACAACAAGCCACCGCCAAACGACAGCAGCCGGUAUGACUCAACGACUGAUAGAUCCUCGAGAAGUGAUUUUCCACCUCAAAGGUCUCUAUGCGACACGGAAAAUGGCGUUGUCAACCUCUUUGGUCUGGUUCUCAUGGUUGUUAAUUGGUCUCGCCUACCCUCUGUACAACGUAUUCUUACCCACAUACCUGUCGUCCCGCGGCGCCCAGUUUGGAGAGUCAAGUCCGUACAUCACCUGGCGCAACUAUGCAAUUAACAACACGUGCAGCAUCUUUGGGCCUGUUCUGGCAGGAUUCAUGUGCCGCUCGCCCUGGUUCUGGGGUCGUCGUGGAACCAUGAUCAUUGGUGCUUUGGUCACCAUGAUUUUCUUCUUCUGUUACACCCAAGUGCGCACAGAAAGCCAAAAUUUAGGCUUCACGUGCACGAUCUCCUUCUGUCUGAAUGUUUACUAUGGUACACUAUAUGCGUACACCCCUGAGGUUUUCCCCUCGGCUCAUCGGGGUACUGGCAAUGGUGUUGCCAUAGGACUUAAUCGGAUCAUGGGAAUUGUCAGUGCCGUCGUGGCUAAAUAUGCCAAUACUGAGACAGCAGUUCCGAUCUACAUCUGUGCUGCGCUUUACAUAGUUAUGGCUAUUGUUGCGGCGGUCUUGCCCUUUGAGCCAUAUGGCCGACGGAGCAGUUAA